AUGUCGGCCGAGACCUUUGAGUUCCAGGCCGAGAUCUCGCAGCUGCUCUCCCUCAUCAUCAACACCGUCUACUCCAACAAGGAGAUCUUCCUGCGAGAACUCAUCUCCAACUCUUCCGAUGCGCUAGACAAGAUUCGCUACGAGGCGCUGUCCGACCCCAGCAAACUCGACUCUGGCAAGGAUCUCCGCAUCGACAUCAUUCCCGAUGAGGCCAACAAGACCCUCACUCUCCGCGAUACCGGUAUUGGCAUGACCAAGGCCGACCUCGUUAACAACCUCGGAACCAUUGCCCGCUCUGGCACCAAGCAGUUCAUGGAGGCACUCACUGCAGGCGCCGACAUCAGCAUGAUUGGUCAGUUUGGUGUUGGUUUCUACUCCGCAUACCUCGUCGCCGACCGCGUGACCGUCGUCUCAAAGCACAACGAUGACGAGCAGUACAUCUGGGAGUCAUCCGCCGGUGGCACAUUCACUCUCGCACAAGACACCGARGGUGAGCAGCUCGGUCGUGGUACCAAGAUCAUCCUCCACCUCAAGGAGGAGCAAACCGACUACCUCAAGGAGGCCAAGGUCAAGGAGGUUGUCAAGAAGCACUCCGAGUUCAUCUCAUACCCCAUCUACCUCCACGUAUUGAAGGAGACCGAGACUGAGGUUCCUGAUGAGGACGCCGAGGAGUCAAAGGAUGACGACGACAACAAGCCCAAGGUCGAGGAGGUCGACGAUGACGAGGAGGAGAAGAAGCCUAAGACCAAGAAGGUCAAGGAGAGCAAAGUCGAGGAGGAGGAGCUCAACAAGACCAAGCCCAUCUGGACCCGAAACCCUGCAGACAUUUCGCAGGAGGAGUACGGCGCUUUUUACAAGUCGCUGUCCAACGACUGGGAAGAUCACCUCGGUGUAAAGCACUUCUCCGUCGAGGGUCAGCUCGAGUUCCGGGCCAUCCUCUUUGUGCCCAAGCGCGCACCAUUCGACCUCUUCGAGACCAAGAAGACCAAGAACAACAUCAAGUUGUACGUGCGUCGCGUUUUCAUCACCGAUGAUGCCACCGACCUCAUUCCAGAGUGGCUCUCCUUCGUCAAGGGUGUCGUCGACUCUGAGGAUCUCCCACUUAACCUGUCUCGUGAGACCCUCCAGCAGAACAAGAUCAUGAAGGUGAUCAAGAAGAACAUUGUCAAGAAGACCCUCGAGCUCUUCCAGGAGAUCGCCGAGGACAAGGAGCAGUUCGACAAGUUCUACACCGCUUUCGGCAAGAACAUCAAGCUCGGAAUUCACGAGGACGCACAGAACCGCAACGCGCUUGCCAAGCUCCUGCGGUUCAGCUCCACCAAGUCUGGUGACGAGGCCACCUCCCUCCAGGACUACAUCACUCGCAUGCCCGAGCACCAGAAGCAGAUGUACUACAUCACCGGCGAGUCCACCAAGGCCGUUGAGAAGUCGCCCUUCCUCGACGCCCUCAAGGCCAAGAACUUCGAGGUCUUGUUCCUCACCGACCCAAUCGACGAGUACGCUUUCACCCAGCUCAAGGAGUUCGAAGGCAAGAAGCUUGUCGACAUCACCAAGGACUUUGAGCUUGRGGAGACCGAGGAUGAGAAGAAGCAGCGCGAGGAGGAGGAGAAGGAGUACGAGAGCCUCGCCAAGUCGCUCAAGAACGUGCUCGGUGACAAGGUCGAGAAGGUUGUUGUCAGCCACAAGCUCGCCGGCUCACCGUGCGCCAUUCGUACCGGCCAGUUCGGUUGGUCCGCCAACAUGGAGCGUAUCAUGAAGGCACAGGCUCUCCGUGACACCUCCAUGUCUAGCUACAUGAGCAGCAAGAAGACCUUUGAGAUCUCGCCCAAGAGCCCGAUCAUCAAGGAGCUCAAGAAGAAGGUCGAGGCCGAUGGCGAGAACGAUCGUACCGUCAAGAGCAUUACCACCCUCCUCUACGAGACCUCUCUCCUCGUCUCCGGAUUCACCAUUGAGGAGCCAGCCGACUACGCCGAGCGCAUCCACAAGCUCGUGUCUCUUGGCCUCAACGUCGACGAGGAUGUCGAGACCGAGGCGGAGGCUGCUGCACCAGAUGCCGCGCCCGCUGCGGCCGCUGGCGAGAGCGCCAUGGAGGAGGUUGACUAG